GGGCCAACGCUUGUUGCUUCAACGUGUGCGCCGGCAAAACUGCAGAAGAAGAAAACUUCGUUGCGCGGCGGUAAAUUGUGAAAGACGAACGAACGGUAAAUGGUAUGCGGCAAAUUGCUUGAUCAAAAGCAGAAGAUAUCGUGAGCGAGAAAGCUUCAAUUGGCGCGCGUGACAAAUUCAAAAGGCAAAUUGGACGAUAGACAACAAUACAAGUAAAAGCAGGAAAAUAACAGAAAAGGAAAUUGCAAGGAUUACACAAAUGGAAAUGCGGGAAAUGAGCGUGAAAAUAACUAGCGUGCAAAGUCGUUUAUGAAAAGGUUUUGCAUACAAAGUGAAUGAGUGUUGGUGAUGUGAAGUGAUUUCAACGUAUGCAAAUGUCCAAAAAGGAAACCAAAAUAAUCUAUGCAUAGUUUGGAAAAUGAAGCUGAAGUAUGCUAAAAAUAAAAAAGUGUGCUGCAGAUAGAUAACAUAAUCUAUGCAUGUCUACAAAAUUAAACAAAAAUCUUUGCAUAAAUAGAAAAUAUUUCAAAACAAAUUGUAUUCAAAAGUGAAUAUUUUAAGCAUAAUAAAAUCUAUUUCUAUUAUCUUAAAGAAGAACACAUUCAAGAUUGAAACUUGAAAAAAGUUCAAAGUGUUUGAUGUGUUUAUUGUGUAUCUUUGAAAAGAUUAAAAGUGAAUACUAGAGGAAAAUCAAAUACGUAAACUGUUGUUGGCCGAGUGUCAACAAGUGCUAAUGCAUAUUUGUGGUAACACCAAAGAGGCCCAGUUAACAAAACAAGUGCGGAAUAAGUAAAUUUGGACAGCAUUUAAAAGUCUUCAUCUUGGGUCUUGGAUCAUCCCAAUGGGAAGAUUUGGCUUUUAUUAAUCGAAACUAUGAGCAGAGGCAACUUCAAGAAUGCUGCGUUUGGAAUUUUAUAACAUUUUCAUCUCGUACACAGCGCUCUCGUUGCUGCUGGGCAAUGUGGUCGGUGUUGUUGUGGCCAAUCGGAAUUUCAGCCGCCUUCCCUUUCUCUCCACAACAACUUCAAUGCCACCCACGCCAAGCGACCUAGCUUCUGAAGUCACCAGCAAUAUGUCGACGGAAACCGAGUCGACAACAUUGAAUACUAAUCGAAAUAAAACAGAAAAUGGUAAAACCAUUGUCAAAGGAUUGAACAGCCUCGACACAUUCAAUGUUAAAUCAAUAAAACCGGAAAUCAGCAAUCUGACCACAGAAGUCACUUUGUACAUGCAGAAAAUCCCACGAUUACAGGUGCAUUGGCAGGACAACUUGCCGAAAGGCACCACAUACAAUGUACUCGUGAGUGCUGUGAAUAGCACUCGUUGCCCCGAUGCCCCCUGCAGUGAAUACACUAUAAAGGGCAAGCCUACCAAAUACAUUUAUCUGCCACAAAGCCCAAAUCCCAAUGUGGAGUCUGUCGAUUGCAAUUACAUGUUCGGCUGCCAGUACAACGUUACUGUGGAAACAUCCAAUUUGCUGGCUCGUCGCUCCAUGCGUGUUUUCAUACCACACUGUGUGGCUGGCAAAUGUUCGUGCCAAAUGACGCCGUCGCCACCAAAGAUCUUGGCCAGAGCCAAAAUGCAGGGCAAUGAUACCAUCAGCAUUGCCUUCACCAUUCUGGCCGGCGAGGAGUUGCGCCAACAGCAGGAGACUCAUCCCCAUGAGGCACUUCAGGCAUAUCAAAUGCAACUCAAAAUCAACGAGGAGAGCAAUCCUUCGCUGCCUUGGGGCGGUGUACUGAAGAAUCUAUAUAACCGGAUGUAUAAUCUCAGUGAGUUGCACUUUAAGCCCACGAGCAAAGGAUAUGACGGCAACAUGACGUUAACUUUGUCCAAACAAUUGAAGGAGAAAGCCUCCCUCAAUCUCCAGGCGCUCAUCAUUGAUGCAAACGGAUGCGAGGGACCACGAAGUGUAACAAAAGUGCCAGUUCCCGCCCAUCCAUUGAUACUGAGCACCGAUGCUAAUUUGAGCAACUCACUCAUCAUUAUGGCCACGUUGCUGAUAGCCGUCAUCUUAACGGGACUCUUAAUGCUGCUGAUGCGACGUCGACGAGCGAGGAACAAUGCUCAGCUGCAGAAGGAGCAAAUUUACAUGCAAUCCUUUGGCGCAGCUCCCGUUGAAAUGGAGGACAACAUCAACUAUGUUGAUAAAUAUGUGGAGCAAUCGCAGGCUUUGGGUUUGGCGGACAUAUUCGAGGUGCCACACUCGGCGAUACACAUUGGACAAAUGCUGGGCGAGGGAGCCUUUGGUCGGGUGCACGAGGCAACCGCCAUCAACUUGCGUCGCAUGCGUGGCACAACUAUUGUGGCCGUUAAGCAGCUUAAGGCAAAUCCCUCGGCUGAUGAAGUGGCCGAAUUUCUAUCGGAAAUCGAGAUGCUCAAGGGCGUGGGCACACAUCAUAAUGUGGUCUGCUUUUUGGGCUGUUGCACGAUUCGAGCGCCCUACUUGAUGAUCAUGGAGUAUGUGGGUCGUGGCAAUCUACUAAACUAUUUGCGUGCCGUGCGUCAGGAAUUGGGACAGCCGAAGACACGCAAUGCGAAUGCCACAAGUUGUCGCCCAGUUCGUCUGAACUCUGGAUCAGCUGGAGCUGGAAUUGGAUUCCAUACAACAUCAACAUCGAUGCCAAAGCAACAGGCAGUCAACUACAUCGAGUUGAAGGCAUCGAGUCAGAGCUUGCAACAUGAGCAAGACAAAUCUUUUACCUCAACAAACUCCUCCGGUUACGCUGCAAAUGGCGAUGUCAUGGACAGUGACAUUCUUAACAGGCUGGCGAAACCAUCUUUUUCAGAAACCACGUACACCAUUGUGGAGGAUGAGGAGCCAUUCGAGUACAUACUCGACAACAAAGAGCUGCACAAUUUCGCACUACAAAUUGCAAACGGAAUGCGUUUCCUCGAAGAGCAGGAGAUUACGCAUCGCGACCUUGCGGCACGUAAUGUGCUUAUUGACAGCAACAAGACAUUAAAGAUAUCCGAUUUCGGACUCUCCCGCCAUGGCAUCUACACGAACACAAGGACGCGAAAGCUGCCUUUGCGCUGGCUAUCGAUUGAGGCCAUUCGAGACAAUGUUUACUCGAGCAAGAGUGACAUUUGGGCUUACGGCGUCGUGCUCUGGGAGAUUGGUACCCUGGGUGCAUCGCCAUAUCCGACGAUAAGCAACAGCGAGCUGAUACCAUUUCUGCUGUCGGGCAAUCGAUUGGAACGCCCCGAGAUUUGUACGCCUCAAGUGUACACGAUAAUGCUGCAGUGUUGGCUGGAGGAGCCCGAGGAGCGACCCACCUUUGAUGCCCUCUACAAGGUGCUCAGUCCAAAGACCACCUAUGUGGACAUCAAUAGUCUAAGCGAUGAUUACGUGUUUCCACCCAUUAAAGAGUAGAGUUUUUGUUAGUUAAUUACAAUAGUUUAAAUAGAUAUCUAGAUGUAUUUUCAUGCCACUAUUCCAGCCUUUCGAUUGAUGUGCUUUUAUAAAGCAUACGCCAAAGCAGCUAUUGGAACAAACCCAACUUUUAUAAUUCCCCUUUUUUCCCCUUCAAAACAAAACAAAAACAAAGAAAAGCCACACACACCUAGAAACUAGUCGAAAUCUAAAUGUUAUUUAAAUCUGAUGUAUACGAAUGUAAAUGUUGAUGUGCUGUGAGUUCAAAUAAUACCCUGUAGUAUGUAGUAUGUUUAGUUAAAAAGUCUGUGUGUGAAUGAGAAAACAAUGAAAACAGAGUCGAUAGCAUUCCAAAGCUCGAUGUAGGAGAAACUUCAAUGAAAACCAUGUGAUAAGUGCAAAUAGAACUAGAGAAAUACAAGUACAAGCAUAUGUACAGGGUAUAUAAUAAAUACAUACAUCUGUAUAUUUCUAAUAAGCAUUUUAUGCAUUGUACGUUUAUUCCUUAAAUAAAACAAUGGCAUAC